CCUUCCUAACCGUUGGAACUAAAAUUACCAGAAUUUCAAAAUUCAAAAGCAUGUUCUCAUCCUCUCCCGCCAUUUCUUCAAACUUAAAGCGCUGCUCCUACUCUUCGCCUCCGCUCUUGAUUCAUUCUCUCUCUUCCUCUCCAACCUCCAACCACCAAAAACCCCUCUCUCUCCUUCUUCAAGCUCCCCUCUCACCUCCCCACCUCCUCCAAGCCCACGCCCGAAUCUUCCGAGUCGGCGCCGAUCAAGACGAUCUAGUCGCGACCCGCCUCAUCGGACGCUACCCAUCUCGCUUAGCUCUCCGUGUUUUCUAUCAUCUCCACAACCCCAAUAUUUUCCCGUUCAAUGCGAUCAUUCGCAUCCUUGCGGAAGAUGGCCUUGUCCUUGAUGCCAUUUCCGUCUUCAAGACCUUGAUAUUCCUGUCACUUUCCCCCAACGAUUUCACCUUCUCUUUCCUUCUUAAGGCCUGUUUCCGCUCGACCGACUCCGUAAUUACGUUUCAAGUCCAUAACCAUAUCAUCAAAUCCGGUUUUGAUCAGAAUUCCGUCGUUUGCAAUGGCCUUCUCGCAGUUUAUGCGAAGGGUGUUAGAGAUUUAUUUUCAGCAAGAAAGGUGUUUGAUGAAAUUCCAUGUAAAGAAAUGGUUUGUUCUUGGACUUGUUUGAUUGCUGGUUACGCUCAAUUGGGCCGAUCAGAGGAAGCUAUGCUUCUUUUCCUGCAAAUGGUUGAAAAGAAUCUGAUUCCAGAAAACGAUACAAUGGUUAGCAUUCUAUCUGCUUGUUCAAAUCUUGAGCCUCAAGAAAUAGGGAGAUGGGAAUCGGUUUUAUCAGAAUUCGGUGGCUACAACGAUGCAGAUGAAAUUUGCCGUGAUGCUAUUGAUACAGUUCGUGUUUAUUUGUAUGGAAAAAUUGGGGAGAUUCAGAAGAGUCGAGAUGUGUUUGAUAAAAUGUCUGAGAGUGUAAGAGGGCGAAGAAGUGUGCUCACUUGGAAUGCCAUGAUUGGUGGGUACAUGCAGAAUGGGCAUCCCAUGGAGGCUUUGGGUCUUUUCCGCCUCAUGGUCACACAUCCGAGUGUGAAACCUAACCAUGUUACAAUGGUCAGUGUGCUUUCAGCUUGUGCCCAAGUGGGAGAUUUAGAUCUUGGGAGAUGGGUCCAUGAAUACAUGAAAGUUAAAGGGCGUAAAGCGAUUCUUGAAUCCAAUUCAAUUCUCGCCACAGCUUUUAUAGACAUGUAUUCUAAAUGCGGUAGCUUGGAGAGAGCUCGGGAGAUAUUUGAUCGAAUGAGCACUAAAGAUGCAGUUUCUUUCAAUGCCAUGAUCAUGGGCCUUGCUAUAAAUGGCCAAGGAGAAGAGGCCCUCGAGCUCUUCUCUAAAAUGGAAGAUUUUGGUAUACAACCCAACGACGGGACAUUCGUAGGCAUGUUAUGUGCAUGCAAUCACUCAGGAUUGGUAAGCGAAGGGCGUUCGCUCUUCAUGGACAUACAGAGACGCUACUCGGCCACACCCAAACUAGAACACUAUGCAUGUUUCGUCGAUCUCCUUGCGCGGGCUGGGCAUGUAGGUGAGGCCCUUGCGGUUGUGCGGGCCAUGCAUAUCAACCCUAAUGGUAUGGUAUGGGGGGCUUUGCUUGGUGCUUGCUUGCUCCACUCUAGAGCGGACUUAGCUCCAUAUGUUGCUAGAAGGCUCGUCGAUGCAGACCCCAAAAACUCUGCCGGGUAUGUGAUGUUGUCGAAUGCAUUGGCGGUCGAUCAGCAAUGGGGGGAGAUUGAGGAGCUGAGGGGUUUGAUGAAGGCGAGAAGGGUGUGGAAGCAGCCGGGGCGCAGUUGGAUUAGUGUGGAUGGGGUUGUGCAUGAAUUUCUUGUGGGGUCCACAUCACAUCCUCAAAUACAAAGAAUAUAUCAUAUAUUGGAUGGAUUGUUCAAGGAAAUGAGAUUACCGAGUCAUUAGAGAGAAAAUUCACAGACGAUACAGGUUGAAAAGGAAAGACAAGAUACUUCUUCUUUCAAUAGUUUUGGAGGAAUCAGCAGUAAAAGAAAUCAUUUUCCACAAAAUCACUGUUUGUAUUGCAAGAAUGACUCCUCCAAAACAUGGCCUGUCGGAUCGGGUCUGCAGCGUCUGGAUUGCAAGAUAGACCAGUAGCAACUGUGCUGUGUCCUAUCAGGUAAUCCUAACCAUCCAAUCACUGUGAUAUGUAGUUCCUACAUCUCAGUCUUACUGUGUGGCCCCUCAAGUAAGGAUAAUGGAAGUGAUGCUUGCCAAUCAUUCAUGUGGGAGUUCUUUGAGAUGGAAAGUUUGCAUAAGAUCUGGGAUGUUCAUCAGGUGGGCCACAGUGGAGUUUCUUCCUUGAUUUGAAACCAGUCUGGUCCACACAUCAGGUGGGCCAUAGAGUAUGAUAAAGAUUGAUGACUAAAAGUCUAAAAUAGACUGUCCACAUUCAGCAUACCCACAUAUUCAGGUGGACCCUGUGUAGAUCUGGCAUGUACAUGGACGGUGCGAUUUUUACAUAGCUUGGAAUCCAGGGACGCGAAUUGGCUGGUGUAGAUACGUGCCGUGCGAAGACGAGCGCCGACGGUCCUUGAACUCCGAGUUUACGUACUGUUCAAAGGAGAUCAAAGUUACAUGGGACCCACAAUGAUGUAUUUAUUAUAUCCACACCGUUCAUCCAUUUUUCGAGAUUGUUUUAGAGCAUUAGAAAAAAAAAUUAAUCAUAUCAAAAUCUCAAAUGGACCACACCAAAAAUAGAAGCGGGGAUAAUGAUUUUCACCGUUAAAAAAUUCUCAGGCCCCACCAUAACGUUUAUUUUCCAUCCAAUCAGUUCAUGAGGUAAAAAAUACCUGGAUUAAGAGGAAAAACAAAUUUUAUAUCGAUCCGAAAUUUCUGUGACCCCCAAAAGGGUUUCAAUGGUAUACGUUCAAUUCAUCACUUCUUUUUGUAGUGUGGUCCAGUUGAUCUUUAUGUCUCUGUUA